UUGCUUUCAGAACCUCUUCAGGAGUGUUGGAACUUGGAACUUGGUCCUUUGAUAUUUUGGAAGGGCGCCCAAAGCUUCGAGCUGAGUCUUUGUCAAGGUCCUCAGAGCUGGUGCACUGGAACAGGCUGCAACAUGGCGAACACAUUGCGGCCUUACUUGACAUGUAUAAGGAACACGCUGAACGCGACGUUGUGCUUACAGAACUUCCCCUGUCAAGAGGUGGAGCGGCACAACAAGCCAGAAGUGGAGUUCAAAACAAGUCCUGAGUUGCUUCUGCAACCGGUACUCAUCUGCAGGAACGAGGGCGAGAAGUGCCUCAUUGAAGGAUCCAUCAACUCGCUCCGGAUAAGCAUAAAGGUGAAGCAGGCGGACGAGCUUGAGAACAUACUGGCAAAGAAGUUCCUCCGCUUUGUUGCACAGCGCGCAGAGUCGUUUCAAGUACUAAGGAGGAAACCUGUUGAGGGUUAUGACAUCAGCUUUCUCAUCACGAACACGCACACCGAAGAGAUGCAAAAGCACAAGUUGGUCGACUUCAUUGUACGAUUCAUGGAGGACAUUGACAAGGAGAUCAGCGAGCUAAAGCUGUCCGUGAACACAAGAGGGCGCCUCGUAGCAACCGAAUACCUCCGCCAGUUCCUGUGACGUGCCGCCCUCUAUCUGGUACACAAGAGCUAAAGACCGGAAGGAGCAGGAUGUAGAUGUACAGGCCUGCAAAAGAUGCUUCAAUGUCGUCCAAGCUGGAGCGCUUUGCUUGGAAACAGAAGCACUGAGAGAUCAUACAGUGUUGUUCGAAACUUGUACAACUAAGUUCGAGCUCCCGUUUCUGCAUGAGAAUCAUUGCAUUGAACUUCGCAGGUCAAAUUCAU